AUGGCAGAGAACUACCUGUUCAGGGGGAUCAAAGGUCAAACACUCGUCAAGAGGCCCGGAGACAUCGGCGGCCUCGACUUCCUGUGCGAGGACCUGCACGACUGCACCGUGCACCUGCUCGACACCACCUCCCAGGUCCAGAUCGACGACUGCGUCAACUGCACCUUCGUGAUCGGCCCCUGCGCCGGUUCGAUCUUCGUCCGCGACUGCCAGAGCUGCACCCUCUCCGCAGCCAGCCAACAGCUCCGGACUCGCGGCUGCACCGGCCUCGACCUCCGUCUGCACUGCGCGUCGCAGCCGUCCAUCGAGACCUCCACGGACGUCCGCGUCGCGCCGCUCGACGUCACCUACGCCGGCCUUGACGACCAGUUCGCCUCUGCCGGUCUCGACGCCGCCGACAACAAGUGGGACCGCGUUUACGACUUCUCGCCUCCCGACGACGGCUCCCUGAACUACACGCUCGUCGACCCGGCCUCCCAGAGCGUCCGAACUAUCGAGAUGAGCGACAUGGGUGACUUUGCUGGCGACGCCCCCGCGGGGGACUUUGCCCAGUUCGAGGACACGGGCUUCCCCGCCGACGAGAACGGCGGCGGGUUCGCGGACGAGGACAUGCCCACGAAGGGCAGCGCGCUCGACGAGGACCUCUUCGGCGCCCCCACGGACGGGCCCGUCGAGUACGCGCGCGACCCCGAGCCCGCGGCGCCCGUCGACGAAGAGGCGCGCGCGGCGCAGGAGGCGCGCGAGGAGAAGAUGCGUCAGCGCAUGAUGGCGGAGCGCCAGAAGAAGGAGGAGAUGGCCGAGGACGAGGCCGCCCGCCGCCGCGAGACGCGCGCUGCGGCGGGCGAGUGGCUCUCGAACUGGCGCAAGGAGCGCGCGACGCAGCUCGAGGCCAAGGCCAAGGCCAACCGCGAGGCCGAGCAGGUGCUCCUCGAGGCGACGGAGAAGAUGAACCGCGCCCCGUUCUGGGAGCAGGUGCUCUCUAUGGUCGACACGAAGAAGACGACGUCGCGCUCCGGGGUCGAUCUCGGGCGCUUCAAGAUGGCGCUGUUCGCCGGGAAGGCGCUCGGCCUCGGCGGGUCGUCGUGA